UUGCGAAUUGAACUCAAACCUUCCUAGUUUUUUUGUUCAGCUUUUAGCUUUGUCAUGUGGGAAGGCGUUCAAUUGACUUAUUCCAGAGUAGUGAAUAAAGCGUAUUUAUAUGUUUCUAUGAACUUUUCGUUAAACAACAAGCUGUCUCCUUUAUAUACAUAAUAAAAUUGUGCUCAAUACUCAAAUUGUGUUUUAAAUCUUUUAUUCAUAAGAAUCAGCUAAAAAAUAAAUACAAUUUAAAUAGACAGUAAAAUUAAUAAUGUUAGUUUUGUUUAAAGUUUUCCAUUAGUACACAUUCAUCUUUUUGGUGUCUCUGCUUAAUUGAUUUAAUUAUUGGAAGGUGUGCUGAAAUUAGUUUAAAGGGAAUAUUCUAUUAGAUGAUAUGACUAGUCAAAUUAAAUCUCUGUUUGAUUUAUUUGAAAACUGUCCGCACUUGACUUCACGCGUUAUAUUUCAUGAUUUCAUAUCAAGCUAUACUUUCAAUCACGAGGAAUUAGUUUCAAGUAUAAACGAAGUUGCUUCUACAUUGUUUUCAGUUUGUGGUAAUAAUACUGCAGUUGCCUGCUUAAUAAAACCAUGUCUUAUUUUGCCUUCUAUAAUUUUAGGAAUUUUAAAAACUUCUUCAACAUUUGCUUUUUUGGACAUUCAUAAGCCUGUGGUUAUGCUAAACAACUUACAAAGAUUUGUUCCAAUUGGUGUCCUGCUUGUUGAAAAUAAAAUGCUUGAAAAAUUAGAUGGACUUUGUUCUUGCUGGAAGAAAACAAUUUCCAAAGUAAUUAUUAAUAUUUCAUUCACUGUUCUUCAAUCUAUAAACUGUGAGAAGGAAACAUGUUUUCAAUCAAAAGCUAGAGACAUAAAAUCUCCUUCUGACUUUUCGAUUGCAUACAUUGUGCAAACAUCAGGCUCUACUGGGCAACCAAAGAUAGUGCAAGUACCUCAUCAAUGCAUUUUACCUAAUAUUCUUGAUUUAAAAUCCCAAUUUAGUAUUAAUACUGAUGAUAAUAUUUUGCUUUGCUCUCCCCUCACAUUUGAUCCAAGUAUCAUCGAUAUUUUUCUUUUUUGUGCAUCUGGAUGCACCCUGACUAUUAUUCCUGAUGAAAUUAAAUCGAUUCCUAAAAAAUUAGCUGAAGUUAUUAUUGAUAACAAAAUAACUAUUCUUCAGGGAACACCGUCUCUUAUUUCAAGUUUAGGAGAUGAAUUUAUACAAAAGUCUUUGCUGAGUAGGGAAUCUUCUUUGAAAACUCUUGCAUUUGGGGGAGAAAUUUGCCCGUCUAUAAAUAAAUUAAGAAAAUGGAUUUCUCCUGAAAAUAAAACAAUGUUAUUCAAUCUCUAUGGUUUAACUGAGGUUUCCUGUUGGGCAACAUGUCAUAAAAUUAAUGUGGCAGACACAUUUGUGAAUGCUGCUAUUCCUUUGGGUAAACUACUUUCUGAUACAAACCUUAAAUUGGAUAAUAAUGAUGAAGGAGAGCUUCAAAUAGGUAGUCAUAAAAGAUGGUGCAUUGUUGAUGAUGAAUCAUUUCCUGAAAAAGAUACUGCAGUAUUCAGACGUACAGGGGAUAUUGUUAUCCAGGAUUCAUUUGGGAACUUUUAUUUUAAAGAAAGAAAAGAUAAUACGAUAAAAUACAAAGGGAGAAAGCUAUCAUUAGAGAUAUUGCAUGAUACUUUAGAUGUUGAGGAAGGCCUUUCUAACUACAGUGUUUAUUUUGAUCAGAAACAUUUUAAGUUGUUGUUAUAUUUGGUUUUAAAGAAAAGUAGAACUUUUUCAGAAAAUGAAAGGAAAACGUUAAUAAUGAAGUUGAGAAAAAACUGUCCAAAUGCUCCACCAAUUGAAUUAUUCACAGUUCCUUACAUACCUUUGACCUCUCAUGGUAAAACUGAUUAUCGAAGAUUAUUAUUAUUGGCUAAAAGAAAAGUUAGGGAGAUAAAUAAAACUCAAUUAAAAGAGAGCUGCUCUGAAGUUAUUUCUGAACUGUGGAGAGAGUUUACAAAUCAGCCACAAUUUACUGAAGACAGUAAUUUUAUUAUUAGUGGUGGAGAUUCAAUUUCUGCUCUUCAACUCUCUUCAAACAUUGAAUGGGCAUUUCAAAUAAAUGUGCCUAAUUUAGUAGACAGGAUUUUAAAUUCUUCAUUCUGUAAUGUUGUUAAACUUGUGCAGUCUCAUUUGCAUGACGCUGAAAAAAUUACUGUUAAAGAAGCAAACAAUUGUGAUGUAUUGCAAAAGAACCCUACUCUCUUUCCUUCAAAAAGGAAGUGCAUUAAACGACUGAAUAGUGAUAACCAGUGCUAUCAAGUGUUUUCAAAACAAGAAUGUGUUACAAGAUGUGCAUGUGGUUGUGAUCAUUCCAAUAUAAUGUAUAACCUUAAAAAUAUUCCCCAUUCGUCUUUUUCAUUGAUUCCAAUGUUUAAGUUUGAUUUAAAGAAAUGCAUUGAUGCAUCACCAUGUAUUGUACACUAUUUAAAGUCAGAUGAAUUGUUUUGCUACAUUGGGUCUCAUGCUGGAAUAUUUUCUUGCAUAAAUAUAACAAAAGAAGAUAUGGAGUGGGAAACUGUUUUACCUAAUAGGAUUGAGUCAUCAGCCUGUUUGUCUUCAUGCGGAAAUUUUGUUUUUGUUGGCUGCUAUGAUUGCCAUUUAUACUGUUUAGACUCUAAAUAUGGAACAAUUCUGUGGAAAUUCCAAACUGGAGCAGAAGUAAAAUGUUCACCAAUAGUUUCAUCUGAAAAUAUUAUUUUUGUUGGCUCACAUGAUAAACAUGUAUAUGCCAUAGAUAUAAAUGGUGAACUUUUAUGGAAAAGUAAAGUUUCCUCGGGAAGUAUAUUUGCAUCUCCAGCAUUACAUGAAGAAAUAAAAGCAGUGUGUAUUGCAACCUUAGAUGGAACUAUAUCUUUUCUAAAAAUGGAUUCUGGUGAUUUAAUUUGGUCAUUUGAGUAUCAGAAACCUCUAUUUUCUUCCCCAAGAAUUCUUUCCUCAUUGAUUUAUGUUGGAAGUACUGAUGGCCAUAUGUUAUGCAUGGAUCUGACAGGACAAUUGAAAAUGAAGUAUAAAACAAAUGGACCAGUUUUUUCCUCGGCAGCUAAUGCUUCAUUCCCUGGAAUUAUCAUAUUUGGCUGUCAUGAUGGCAUUAUAUAUUGCCUCAAUGAAACAUCUGACUUACUAUGGAAUUUUUCAUGUGAUGCACCAAUUUAUGCUACACCGUUUAUUUUCAAGUGGAACGGUGAAAAUUUUGUUGCUGUAGCUUCUACCAAGGGGAGUAUAUAUAUAUUAAAACUGAAAAAUGGUAAAUUAAUUAUGUCUUACAACUGUCCAGGAGAAAUAUUUUCUUCGCCUGUUAUUGUAAAUAAUUUAUUAUUAAUUGGAUGUAGAGAUAAUAAUGUAUACUGUUUUAAAAUAGAAUAAAAGUUUUAUUAAUUAUUAUUUAUUAACUUUAUUUAUUAAUUAAACUUUUUUAAGUUUGUUUCAUGACUCUUGUGAACUUUCUGAAAUGUUUUGAGUAAAAUAUUUAUCUCAUAGAAAUUGAUUUGAUAAUACUUAAAAUAUAAAUGUUUUACUGCAAUUUAGUCUUCUAUAUACUCAACCAUUUUUACUAUAAGUCCAAUAAAUACUUUUCUAAAAAUAUAAUUGCUAUAAAAAUUGCUCUUAUGUUUACUAAUGCAUAUUUGAUGAUUUUUGUAGAUUUACAUUUCUGUACUGUAUGGUUUCGAAAAAUAAUUGUACUAAGGCAUUUAUUUUCAGUUUUUUAUAUGAAUCACAAAUAUUUAAAUAUAUAUUGAUUGAUAUACAGUAUAUUGCGUUUCAGUGAAUACAUGAAGUUUUUAAAUUAACAAAUAUUUUAAAUGUUCGUUGAAGUGACAAAAGUAUAUUUACAUGAAAAGUAGCAUAUUUAUAACAAGUUGCAUUAACUAAAAAGCUUCAUAAACAUAACACUCUAGAUUACUAUAAGAAUAUACAAGAAAAAAAUUCAUUGUUCAUUUACAGCAAUUCAGUAAGUAAAAAUCAGCAGUAAAAAUUUGAUCCCUUAUAAUAUAACUGCUUUUCUUUUAUUCUUAAGGCAUUUAAUAAUUAAAGUGUAAAAGUAAUGUAUAAAGUAAAAGUACCUACAUUCUUUCAAUACAGCAUCUCUAGAAAACAAAUUGUUUAUUAGACUUGUUUGGACGGCACUUAUAAUGUUCAAACAAGUUAGUUAUACACAUGUUUUCAGAGGCUUAAGCAAGUUUUGGUUUAACUUACACUGUUACAGUUUUGUAUUUUUUCCCCCCCAAAAGGGUAACAGGUGUAUAAUUAAUCAAUCAAUGCUAUGUUAUCAAUCAAUGUGCUAAAUAAAUGCUAACAUUUAAGUAUUUUA